UAUAUAUAAUAAAAUAAUACAUUAAUUAUGCCUAUUAACUCAACAAAUCCUCUAGUUGUUGGUGGUGUAAUUGGAGAUGUUUUGGAUCCAUUUACAAAUUCAGUUUCUCUAAGGGUUGUUUAUGAAAAUAACAAAGAAGUAUUCAACAGUGGUGAGCUCAAACCUUCUCAAAUAGUGAAUCCACCAAGAGUUCAAGUUGGUGGAAAUGAUUUCAGGACUCUAUACACUCUGGUAAUGUUGAACCCUGAUGCACCAAGCCCUUGUGAUCCUAAUAUGGGGGAAUACUUGUAUUGGAUGGUAACCAACAUUCCAGCUACUACAGGGACAACGUUCGGGCAAGAGAUAGUGAGCUAUGAAAGUCCAAGGCCAACAUCAGGGAUUCAGCGUGUGAUAUUUGUGUUAUUUAAGCAACCUUGUAGGCACACAAUAUUAGCUCCUGGAUGGAGACAAAAUUUCAAUACAAGAGAUUUUGCAGAAGUUUAUAAUCUUGGAUUACCUGUUGCUGCUCUCUACUUCAAUUGUCAAAGAGAAAAUGGUUCUGGUGGAAGGAGGUUGAUCAUCUAAUGUUGCAGCUGCAGCAACAUUAAUAAUAAUAAUAAUA